CGGAGAAAACAAACAAGGCGUGGCUUCCGGCGAGUCUCGGACAAGUUGAGUGAGGCAGAAGCAUAGAGAGCAUUCGCGCGAUCUGGGAGUGCUGCUGGGGAAAGCUGUCUAAAGAACAAAAUUAAAGUCGGGCUUGGAUAUAUUUUUUUCUACGACAGCUGAGAAGAUAUGUUCAGACGGGUUGUACGACAGAGUAAGUUCCGGCAUGUGUUCGGCCAGGCGGUGAAGAAUGACCAGUGCUACGAUGACAUCAGGGUGUCCCGGGUCACGUGGGACAGCGCCUUCUGCGCGGUUAACCCCAAAUUUGUUGCCAUAAUCGUGGAUGCUAGUGGAGGUGGCGCGUUUAUGGUUUUGCCUCUUCAUAAGUCAGGCCGUAUAGAUAAGGCCUACCCCACAGUAUGUGGCCACACUGGCCCUGUUCUGGACAUUGAUUGGUGCCCUCACAAUGACCAGGUCAUCGCUAGUGGAUCUGAAGACUGCACCGUGAUGGUGUGGCAGAUCCCAGAGAAUGGUUUGGUGACCUCCAUGUCCGAGCCAGUGGUGGUGCUGGAGGGUCAUUCUAAAAGAGUGGGAAUCAUUACCUGGCAUCCAACCGCCCGCAACGUCCUCCUCAGUGCAGGCUGUGAUAAUGUGAUUUUCAUCUGGAAUGUGGGCACGGGAGAGUCCAUGAUCACCCUGGAGGAUAUGCACCCUGACAUCAUCUUCAGCGCCUGCUGGAACCGCAAUGGCAGUCUCAUCUGCACUGCCUGCAAGGACAAGAAAGUCCGUGUCAUCGACCCACGCAAGGAGGAGAUCAUUGCGGAGAAGGACAAGGCCCAUGAGGGCGCCAGGCCCAUGAGAGCUAUUUUCUUGUCUGACGGCAAAGUGUUCACCACUGGUUUUAGCCGCAUGAGCGAGAGACAGCUCGCCCUCUGGGAUCCGGAAAAUAUGGAGGAGGCGAUCUCUGUCCAUGAGAUGGACACCAGUAAUGGAGUCCUCCUGCCCUUCUAUGAUCCCGAUACUAAUGUGGUCUACCUGUGUGGAAAGGGUGACAGCAGCAUCCGUUACUUUGAGAUUACGGACGAAGCUCCCUUUGUCCAUUACCUCAACACCUUUACCACUAAGGAGCCUCAGAGGGGCAUGGGAUACAUGCCCAAGAGAGGGCUGGACGUCAACAAGUGUGAGAUCGCAAGGUUUUACAAACUGCAUGAGAGAAAGUGUGAGCCUAUCAUCAUGACCGUGCCAAGAAAAUCGGACCUGUUCCAGGAUGACCUUUACCCUGACACGGCAGGUCCAGAAGCCCCCCUGGAGGCCGAGGAAUGGUUUGAAGGGAAGAAUGGAGACCCUGUCCUGAUAUCCCUGAAACAUGGAUACAUCCCAGGCAAGAACCGCGAUCUCAAAGUGGUCAAGAAGAACAUCCUAGACAACAAGAUGAGCAAGAAUACAGAGAAUACUGCCCCUGCCAUCAAGACUGCCACCUCCACGCCAUCUAUCAAAAGUGAAGCUAAGCUGGAUGAGGUUUUGAAAGAAAUCAAAUCUCUCAGAGAGCUGGUCAGCAGUCAGGAAAAAAGAAUUGCCAAACUUGAGGAGCAGUUGUCUAAAAUGGACAUCUAAAAGGACCCUGUAAUCCCUCCCCCUUCUUCUAUUCAGGAUAUCCCAUUGGCCAGGUGGGCGGGACCCGUCACUGCCAAUCACCAUGACAGCGUUCCGUCUGAAGCCUGCCUCGCAAAGACUCCAAAACACAUUCCAAGAUGAUCAAUUAUUCCUUUUGCAAUCCCCAAAACCUGUUUACACCUCAUAGCCAUUUGGAAAACUAUAAACGCCUUCGGUUUAUUUCUAAAUUUGACCCGUUUAGCUUUUACUCCAAAUCUCACUCCAAAUCUUUCUGCAAUGGCUGUGUUUUAUCUGGUGUUCUUGAAUGGUCUUAAGUUUUUUGUUUUGUUUUUCUUAUUAAAAAUUGUGACCAAGAAGCUUGCUUUAUGAAGCAGUUACAUGAACUUGAUGAGCUCAAAGUUUGAAGUAGCCAUCAGUAUUGCAGUUCCUCUCUUGCCCUUCUGAGUUGCCAAAUUUAUAGAGGAGUUAUGCACCUCCCUGACAGUAUUUGACUAGCUUUUCAUUUUGUACUUAUAAGGGACAAAGCAAUAUGCUAGUAAUGCAAGGAGAGGAAAUCAUUGGAACCAUUUGUCAAUGUCUUUCUAAAGAAUAAAAAAUAAAGAUUUUAAUCAACCUGGCAAACAUGUAGAGUUGAAAACGUUUACAAACCAGUACUGGAAAACAAUACAGGUGCUCUAAAAUAUUCCACUAAAGUUGUUUCUUUGUUAUUCAGGUACCCAUGUAUGUAUUAAGAUAGUAAUUAGUAAAAUAAUCCAAAUAAUUCUGGUUCCGGCGGUUGCCAUGAACACAGUAAAUGUGUACUCUUCUCACUACUCCAAAUACUUUCUUGAUGGCAACAGUUGCUCAUCAUAAAUGCAAGCAAAUAGUCAGUUUUUCCGAUCUCUAAUCUGUUUCCACAUAUCUGCACUUUUCUGAAGUGUCUCAGUCUGUUUCCUGAAAGAAGCCAGGAACAGUUCAGGUCUCACUGCGUAACUCUAGAAGGCCUCGUCUUCAAAACAUGAGGAUAUAAGCUCAGAAAAAAAAAAAAAAAAAAAAAACUCCCAUAGAUGUUUAUUAGCUUUAGCAGCAAAACUUGUUCAUUACUUUACCAGCUUGAUAGCUUUUAAUCUGACUUCGUUCUAGUCAGGCAUCGUUCAGGUCUAAGAAACACACUUAGGUUUGCUUUGCUUUCUCAUUAAUUGCUUCAAAUCUCAUCUAGUUGUGCCGUCCAUACCAUCUCAGAAACCAAGCUUUCAGUUGAAUCUCAACAGCUUUGUACAUACAUUUGCUGUGCAUUGUAGACCGUGACUACCAGCAAAAUUGUGAGUCAUGACUGACUUCCUUUUCCUACUAGGUCAUUUUGCGAUGCGCUGUGUCUACUGUGCUCUCCUAGCCAAGCAGAACCAAUUCUCUCAAGGGGAGAUUCACGUCUAGAUGAUCCUUUUACGGCCGUAUUAUGUGUGCCACAAGUUUGAGGUGAUGACAACUGGAUUUUUAUUUAGCUUGGUUAUGUAUUUUUCCAUGCCAAGAUGAGGAGAGGAAACUGUGAUUCUGUUGAUCAGAUUGCUUUGGCUAUAACCUUUUGUCAGAAUGUUCUCUUGUGGCUUUCAUUUUGACACGUCUUGCAUAUCUCAUUUCUGUUUGCAUCACUACCUAGUGCCUCUUUCAUAGGUUAUGAAAAGCACCUUCCCUCUUCCACAUGCUUUUUAGUCUAAAAUAGCCUCCACCUUCUCACCUCAGAACCAUCGCCCGUACUUCAUUUAAAACGAGGCUUCAGAUCUUACAGCAACAACUCAAUACCUCUGUCAUUUGCUUGCUUUCGCUCUCUCUUUUUGGGUGAACUUUUAAAGUGAAGGGUUUGAAAACGUAGGGACCGUGCUUAUGGGUACAGAUGUGCCAAGCUGGAUCACAUUCAGGAUGUGUGAUGGAUUGAGUGUUUAAGUGGCCUCAGGAGGCAUCUGUGAUGCAGCCAUGAGUGUGUGUGGUUUCAAAGGAGUGAAUGAAUGAAGCAAAAAGGGAUUUAUGUAGGUUGAAAAGAUAAUGCAGGAAGAAGGCUGUAUGGAAGUGAUUUAUUUUGAUGCUUUGUAUAUAUAUGUUUUUUUAGUUUUCCUUUUCAUUUUUUCUUUGGCUGUAGGAAGGUGUUUGUCCAUCAUUUGGAGUUUGAUGAUUUUAAGGAUAUUCCCCAUUACCCGUUCAUCAUUAUGCACACUGUGAGCCUUUUAUGUUUCCAAUGAUAAAAAUCGAAUGGAAGGAUAUCUAGAAAUUCAAUUCUGUGCAUAACUGUUCCAUUUUUGUUCAUUCAUCUGCUUCAAGUAUAAAGAGUCUUACUGAUUACGAGGAAAAUAAAAAAGAAAUAAACUGAAA